UGUUGGUGUUCUGGAGGUAAAACUCACAAAAGUGUGAGCGUUUUCCUAACACUAAAUUCCCCUCGUUUUUUAAUUCUGAAAUUUAUCCACACUGAGCCUCUAGCAAUUCAUCAAGGACAGUUGAAGUGGUCAUACCACUGUGGAUGAAAAGGGGUUCUAUGGAAAGUAACCUCCCAGGAUGAUCUUAAAUUCCUAAUGGGGCAGGUCCUGGUGAGUAGUCACGCCCUACCUUAAGCAAGACCUGCCCACUGUUUCAGUGAAUCUAGGUUAGCAUACCUUUGAAAUGCCUCCUUUCAGACUCGGCUAGUACAUGCCCAGAAGGCCAUAAGUAAAACCGCCCUCCAGAGAGCACAUGAUCUCAUUAACUAUCCUGUAAUCCAAUCCCUGCCUUGCUCUCUCCUGCCUUCAUGUAAUCUUCCUUUUAGUCCCUCCUUAAUUCCAAGUGCGUGAAAGGAAAAUCACAAAGCUGUCAGUUGAGAUCUUGCUUCCUGGCAAUUGUCCUCAGUUUUGGCUCAAAUAAACGCAGAAAAAAUUCCCUACAGCUUUGGACAUUUUUAUGUCAACAUCAGUACUGGCUCCAAAAGUGGACUUUUGCUCCAGAACUUCCUUCUAUAAAUUCUUAUGUACACAUUACAUCUCACUGUGAAGUAUGUGGAUCCCCAACCACCUGGGAAUGGAAAGCCAGAAGGAGGUCAGCAAGUAGAGGCAGCGAGGAUUUGCCAUAGACUGAGGAGGGCGGAGCAGUCACAGCCUCUCGGUUACCUUGGUAGCCACAGAAUAAAUUUAUUAUAGCACUGAAGCAAAAAACUCAGACAUAUCCAUUUGCAAACUGAACUAUAAUAACACCAUCCAAAAUAAAAUAUAAAAAUAAAAUGGUCCUUGGACUUCAGCAUGAUGACUUCUCAGCUGCUGACUUGUGUGGCAAUUUCAGUUUUCUGUGUCUUAAAAGCCAGCUCCCUGGACACCUUCAUUGCAGCUGUUUAUGAGCAUGCAGUGAUUUUGCCGAAUGUCACCCUCGCACCAGUGUCCCGUGAAUUGGCAUUGGGGUUAAUGAACAGAAAUCUGGACCUUUUGGAGGGAGCCAUCACAUCAGCAGCAAAACAGGGUGCACAUAUUAUUGUGACUCCAGAAGAUGGUCUUUAUGGCUGGAACUUCAAUAGAGAAUCUAUCUACCCAUACCUGGAAGAUAUCCCAGACCCUCAAGUGAACUGGAUCCCUUGUAAUCAUCCCAACAGAUUUGGCCACACCCCAGUGCAAGAAAGACUCAGCUGCCUGGCCAAGGAAAACUCUAUCUAUGUUGUGGCAAAUAUCGGGGACAAGAAGCCGUGCAAUGCCAGCGACCCCCAGUGUCCUUCUGAUGGCCGUUACCAGUACAACACUGAUGUGGUGUUUGACUCUCAAGGAAAACUGGUGGCACGCUACCAUAAGCAAAACCUUUUCUUGGGUGAAGAUCAAUUCAAUGUACCCAAGGAGCCUGAGGUUGUGACUUUCGACACCACCUUUGGAAGGUUUGGCAUUUUCACAUGCUUCGAUAUACUCUUCCACGACCCUGCUGUGGCCCUGGUGAAAGACUUCCAUGUGGACACCAUUCUGUUUCCCACAGCGUGGAUGAAUGUUUUGCCACAUCUGUCAGCUAUUGAAUUCCACUCAGCUUGGGCUAUGGGCAUGAAGGUCAAUUUCCUUGCAUCAAAUAUACAUCACCCCUCAAAGAAAAUGACAGGAAGUGGCAUCUAUGCACCUGAUUCUCCAAGAGCAUUUCAUUAUGAUAUGAAGACAGAGAAGGGAAAACUCCUUCUCUCACGAUUGGAUUCCCACCCAAAGCACCCAGUCGUGGUGAAUUGGACUUCUUAUGCUAGUGGAAUAGAAGCAUUCUCAACGAGAAACAAGGAGUUUAAGGGCACUGUCUUUUUUGAUGAAUACACCUUCUUGGAGCUCAGAGGAGUCACAGGAAAUUAUACAGUUUGUCAGAAAGAUCUCUGCUGUCAUCUAAGCUACAAGAUGUCUGAGAAGAGAGCAGAUGAAGUGUAUGCCCUAGGGGCAUUUGAUGGACUACAUACUGUUGAAGGGAGCUACCAUUUACAGAUUUGCACUCUGCUGAAGUGUAAAACAACGAGCUUACACACUUGUGGUCACGCAGUUGAAACUGCUUCCACCAGGUUUGAAAUGUUCUCCCUCAGUGGCACGUUUGGAACCCAGUAUGUCUUUCCUGAGGUGCUGCUGAGUGAAAUUCAGCUUGCACCUGGAGAAUUUCAGGUGUUGAGUGAUGGACGCUUGCUGAGCCUGAAGCCACCAUCUGGACCUGUCUUAACAGUAACUCUGUUUGGGAGGGUGUAUGAGAAGGACCACAAAUCCAAUGCUUCAUCAGACUUCAUGGCAUACACACUAACAAUAAUGCUCAUAGUUAUAACACCUAUACUAUACUCAUUAAGUUGGUAGAAUUUUUACAUUUUCUUUAUUUUAUCUUGAAUAAUUUAAAAAAUGAUGGAUGGAUGCAUGGAUGGAUGAAAAAAGAUGGGUCUGGUAUACCAAAUAUAUAUAUUUAGAUACCUGCCCCCCCCCCCAAUCCAUUCCAGACCAUAUAGAUCAGAUAUAUAAUGACAGCAUUUUAGAAAGGUAAAUUCUAUAAAAUGAGGAUAACAGUUAUACCGACCUUUUAGUUUUUUUUGGUGAGAUUGUUUUGAGUGCAUAUAGUUUUCAAUGGUUCAGCCACCCUGCAUAUUUCAAUGAGAAAAUUAAUGAAUUCAACAUCAGCUAAUUGUCUUUGACCUGGUGUCUAGCACUGAAGUAUCCCAGAAGGCAGCUGAGCUUACAUCUAGUGGGCCUUCAUGUUUUUGUUUUUCAUUGGUGACUUACUGCUUAUUUACUGCUUAUCUUGUCAGCCCAUAAGCAUAUUAAUAGGGUGGUGCUAGUGCAGACAUUUACCAAAUCUGACCUGCUACCUGUUUUUGUGUGGCCUGUGAGCUAUGAAAGGUUUUUAUGUUUCUAAAUGGUUGAAAAAUAAAAUCAAAAGAAGAAGACUAUUUUGUGACACAUGAUUAUUAUGUGAAAUUCCAAUUUUAUUCUCCAUAGCUAAACUUUUAUUGAAUACUAGAGGCCCCAUACACGAAAUUCGUGCAAGGGGCUCGGCCCUCACAGCCACAGCCCCGGGCUUUGUCUGGAAGGUCAUCCGGAAGGUCAUUCAGCUGUCCGGUCUAAUUAGCAUAUUACGAUUUUAUUAUUAUAGAGAGUCUCGUUCAUUUGUUUAGGUGUUGUUGAUGGUUGUUUUCAUGUUACAAUGGUGGAAUUGAAUAGUUGUGACAAAGGCCAUAGAGCCAGAAAAGCUAAAAAUAUUUGUUGCCUGGUUCUUUACAGAAAAAGUUUGCUGCCUCCUGCUCUAAAGCAUUAAAUAACAAUGGAUUUUAGUAUUAAAAACCUGUAAUACAAGUCAGUGGGAAAUUGCCCUUGAGUGUCUUUCUUAUAAUUCUUUCAUACAAGGAGAAAUAAAAUAUUUUUAUUUGCUUUGUAUUAAACUACCAUCACAAAAAUUACCUUGAUCAACAUAUGAACAAAUAUGCUAAAUAAACUAAUACCCCAAACAAGUGAACAUAA